AUGGAGGGCGGUCGGAGGAUAGAAGCUUGCUGUCCGGCGCACGCUUUCAACGACCAGGUAACGUAUUAUUAUGAUGAGAGGGAAUGGAACUGGAUUCCUGCCCCCCGCCUGGGGCCAUCGGAGCGUUGGGCAUUGGAGACCUCAUUAUCGUAUCCUUGGGAGCCCGCCCCUGACCAAGCUCCUGCAUCUGGAGCGCCCGACUAUGCCGCGCUCGAGGCUGAGAAUGCAGCGCUCAAAAUUGAGAAUGAACGGCUGAGAGGUUUGUUAGCGACCUCACAUGGCUCUGUUGCUCCACCUGGUGCCGGCACUGGCCAGGCAGAGGUUGCUGAUCAGUACACUGCGCCCACUCAGGAGCCGGUUGGUGUCGCACAGAUGAAGAGGAGGAGGAACCGAAACAGGAACAAGAAGAAGCACAAUGGCCAGGACCAGGCUGCUGCUGUCCUUGAGAACAUGCAUCAGGAACAGCCGAAGAGUUUUGCGUUGGUGGCGGCCACUGCUGCAUCAGGUCUGCCUUCUGGAAUUCGGAACAACGGUCCGGUUGACCAAGCCAAUCAAGGCGCCUCUCGUGGUGGUCUUAGUAGCGGUCGUGGAGGUGUGAUUGGACCCAUGGGGAUGCAACUCGCAGCCAAUUCUUGCGGCGAUGCCCAGGGUGUUGGGACCCAGACGAGUCGUGUCGUUCAUGCGGAUCAAGAUCUGGCUUCGAGAUUCGUGCGUCGUGCUGAUAUCUAUCAUAUCGAUGAUGCCGAUCUACCUCGCUACCUGCCAUCGACCAAGAGACUCGUCGCGCUGAAGGUCGGCAGUGAAGUGGAGACCAUGAUUACGCUUCGGGGGGAGGAACAGAGGAAGAAGAGAUACAUGCGUGGCGUGCUUCCGACCAACUACGACAAGGACAAGGAUCAGGACGAGGCACAUGCUGCUAUCAUGUCUAAGGACACCCUCGAAUGUCAGGAGACAAUGGCCAUGCACCUGUGGCAUUCUUCUGGGCUCAGCCUCGACCAAGUCCUUGCUGAUUACGAACCGGAGAAACACAAUAAACAGGCUCAUUCCUGGAUGGAAGACCGUGCUCUCGCAGUAGUCUGCGCGCGCUGUCGGGCUUUCAAGCUAUCAUGCAAUCAUCACAUUCCUUGUCAGUACUGCAAGGAAGCCAAUGCCAAAUGUCUGGUGGAGUAUUGCCGGUGGGAGGGCAAUUGUAUGCGACCCCAAUGUGAGAAAGUCCACCGGGACUACAUGGAAGCAGUUGCUGCCGAGUUCCAGCGCCUUGGAUUCCAUGGUGAGAAGUCAGCGCUGGAAUUUUUCAAGCUUCAUUGGUACUGGAUGGAACCCUUUUUCUAUCCACGUGCCGAUGGUCAGGAUAAACUGCAUUGGCAAACUGCGACAUCACUGCCUCCAACUGGUUCUGGUAAGCCCUACAAUGAAAACAAUCCAAACGGAUUCGAUGUGAGCAGAUAUCCAGACGGCCCGCCUUGGUUACUUGAAUUCUGCAAAGAUGACAGGUGGAAUGACCACAUCAUGAGCGAGCUUCAGAAGGCACUAGACAAGCAAGAGGAGGAGGUGAAUGUGAAGCUCGAGGCGAGGCAGGCAGAGUUGAGGGCCCGAAUCCAGGCAGCGGAGCGCUCACGCAGCAAUGUCGCCAUCAAGGGUUAUCUUGGCGAUGAGGCUGGCGAUCUCGAUAGUGACGAAGAGGAGGACAACACAGGAGUCAAAGAGGACUAA